UCCAGAUGUUGAGCGUGAUGCCAGUCAUUUCAAGAGGAAUCACUGAACUGCAGGACUGCACAAGAUGUCUGUUGCGCUGUACUCUGCAAGUGGCAAUAAUGCGACUCUUCAAAGUACCACAGUAGGAGGAACCAAACCUUUACACCGCUUCAUUAAGGGACAACCCAAGAUCAUUGGCAUUAUAGUGCUUAUUCUGGGCUCAUCUUCCUUCAUCCUUUCCAUAUCAGUCAUUAGCAACUCUACUUUACCAAUGUGGUCAGCUAUCCCACCUGGCAUCUUGGUUGGACUGAUGUUUAUCGCAUGUGGGAUUCUGUAUGUUUUGACUGAACACAACCCAACCAAGAAAACAGUAACCAUAUCAUUGGCUCUGAGUAUUGUGGCCAUACUUGGCACAUGUUGGACCUUGCUGCAAAUGAUUCCCGAGAUAAUACACAACGCACACUACAGAUAUUUUGAAUACAUGGAAGAAAAUAUGACAGACAACGAAGAUGCUACAUGGGCGUCCCAUUAUGAGGCCAUGGGACUAUCAUGUGAAGUGAUCUUUCUGAUCUACAGUUUUUUUGGUGGGGUUAUUUUCGUUGUAAUGUCAGUUAUGGCCGGGGCUGCCCUACGCUCAACAAAGAGCCAGGCCUUGGUCAUGAUGACCACUACCCCAAGUGAAACAAGAGCUGAGGAACAUGCACACGAAGAAGGUCUAAAUUGUGAAAAAAUGAGCAUUUAGUAGUAAUUAGAAGCACUGAAUGAUGCAAAGGGUUCCCUCUUUAUGCCCAGACUGGAGAGAUUAUCUAAGUAUUAACCCUUUUUCACUUUUUCUCACUUUGUAAGCCACUAAAACUAUUUAAACGGUAUUAAUCUGCUGCUCACUGUGUGCACAUGUUUGCACUGCUGCAUUAGGGGACAAAGGUUUGUGUCCUUUGAGAUAGCUAAAAUGAAAGGGUAGAUUUAUCAGAAAUCUUCAAAUAAAUCAAGGACAGGUUCAGACCAUUAUAAGCCAUUUGUUUAUUAGAGACCAUGUAGAAUUAAAUGUAAAUAAUUCACAUUUUAAGGUAAUCAUUAAAUCAGUAAUCUGCCAUGUUAUGACAUUAUUUACUUUUUCUUUUCUAGCUCUUAUUUGAUAUGAGAACUCUCCAAAUGAACUUUAACCAGCUUGGUCCAGACCUCUGUUAAUACCUGUUAAAAAAUUUGAGUAUUAUAAAAGCAGUUUUCUAAAUUAGGUUCAACCACCAAUCAAUUGAAAUAGUUUUAGAGAAUUUCUGAAACACAAUUGAACAACGAAAUGAAAUUACAUGACAAGUGUGCUGACAGAAGUGCAGUUUGUUUGUUAUAAAACUAUUAAGUACUAACCACCAAUGACUUACUAGCAUUUGAAACUCUGAAAGAGUUACAACCUUGUGCUUAUUGUGUGUAUUUAUUGUUUGAAUGUAGAGCUUCAUUUUGACCAUCAGAAAACAGAAACCCAUGUCAAAUAAAAAUUAGCUUAUGAGAAGAGAGAGUUGUUAUUUGAAAAACAUCUGUUACAUGUUACACUCAUAAUGUAAUUCCAAUAAGUCCAACCAUAAACAGGUCAGCUCUGCUUAACUCUUCUCUCUGUUUUCAAUAGUGUUGUGCACAAAACUAUGCAAUCUGUUUUCUUUUUGCUCCUUACCAAUGACGUUUGGCAAGAUGGAACAUACACUGAAUCUUGUGGUUGCCCUUGUUGCUUAUAUUUUUCCACGGUGGCUCAUGUUUCAGCUGCAGCAAUAUUAAGUACAUACUGUAUGGCACCCAAAGCGCUGUCAGCAUUCAGGGGAAAGCAUGUGAGGCACAUCACCAAUAAAGUGUUCCUUAUAAAAGCACAGACAGUGCAGUGUAAUUCAAAACAUGGCAUGGCACUUCGUUCGUUGUUUAACUGUAACCAUAUAUUACAUCUUUCAGUGAUAUGAUUUUGAAUCAGGUAACUGAACAGGGUCAUAAGAGCAUGUCCGUCCUCACUAUAGAUAGAAUCGGGAAAAGGUUUAGAUACAUUUUAAUCUUAACAUUAACCAAAUAUACAUAAAAGAUAUUUUCUUUUGAUUCAGAGUGUAAUCAUAGGCAUAAUUAUCCAGACUUCAUAGUUAUUCAAAACAUAUUAAAGUUUAUACAGGAAACUGGAUAAAAACCUGUACAAUGUGUUUGAAAUCCAUUAACAAAGACUAUGAAUUGUAAAUAAAGGUUUGGUGUUAUUCACUGUA